UUUUCUUCUUUAUUCCAGAUUGGUUUGAGUACGAAAAAUAUAUGUUCAAUUACUGCUUGAAGAAUGGUGGAAUAAUGAAACUUCUAAUUGGUCCACAUCAAGCAUUCAUCAUGACCGAACCCGAUGAGUGCCUGAUCGUUGCCAACGCCUGCAUGAACAAACCUUACUUGUAUGAGUUCGGAAAGGACUGUUAUGGUAGAGGCCUGGUGACAGCUAAGGAAUCAACAUGGAAACCUCAUCGCAAACUCCUAAACCCAGCAUUUAAUCUGCAAGUGCUGAAUAAAUUUAUUGCUGAAUUUAAUGUGCAAGCCAGAGAGUUGGUCUCCUUGUUGGAACCUAAAGUAGGAAAGGAGUCAUUUGAUGUGCAACCAUACCUAGUUAGUAAUUCACUGAAAAAUGUUUGUCGAACAACUCUGGGCUUUAGAGAGCAAGAUCAAAUAAUGGUUGACAAAGACUACGCUCAGGCCACAGAAAAUCUAUUUCAUUUGUUUGGAGAGAGAAUCCCGAAAUUCUGGCUGCAUGUGCCUUUUUUAUACAAUUUGAGUUCAUUAAAGAGAAAAGAAAAUAAAUUAACUGGAGUCACCAAAAGAGUAAUUAAUGGGAUUAUAAAGAAGCGAAGGUCUGAGAUGAAGUUAAACAGCAACUAUGAAAUGAACAGUGACUCAAAAUCAGACAAAUUCAAGCCACUCUUGGAUCAAAUGCUCGAGCUGGCUGAGAAUCAAGACGCUUUCUCAGAUGAAGAGAUAAGGGAACAUCUAGACACAAUUGUAGCAGCAGCUUUCGAUACAACGGCAACUUCUAUGACAUAUACAUUGCUAGUAAUUGGAUCAGAUUCUGUGAUGCAAGAACGAAUUUAUAAAGAGUUAAAAUCAGAAUUAGGGGACAGAGAUGUAACCAAGCAUGAUUUACCAAAGCUAGUUUACCUGGAUGCUGUUUUGAAGGAAAGUUUAAGGCUAUAUGCUCCGGUUCCGCUAGCAGCCAGGAAUGUAGAUUCAGAUAUACAGAUAAGAAACUACACACUACCAGCUGGUUCAACCUGCGUGUUUUCUUUGUACGGAAUCAACCGGCAUUCUAUGUGGGGCGCAGAUGUGGAAGAGUUUAGACCUGAACGAUGGUUGAACCCUGAAACUUUGCCUAAAAACCCCAACGCUUUCGCUACCUUUGGCAUUGGGAAGCGAGUUUGUUUAGGUCGCUCAUACAGCAUGAUGGCAAUGAAAACAACUUUAGCACAUAUACUGCGUCGGUAUCGUGUCUUCGGGGAUAUCAACAAAGUGUUAUCACGAUCUGAUAUACUCAUGAAACCAGUUACUGGACAUCAUAUAAGGCUUGAAUUGAGAAUGUAAAUAGAAAUGUGUAUAUAUUUAUUUAAUAAGCUGUAAAUUAAAAUGUAAAAAAUAUUUUAUAAUGCAAGUAACUGAACGGUUAACGAUGAUAGCACA